AUGAGUACUCCUGUGGUCGAAGACACGCAAAUCGUCCCCGGCGAAGGCCUUGGUAGCAUUCUUAAACUCGGGCACCUGCUUUUCGAGGUGAUCACCGAGCUCAAUCGCGCCAACUACCGCCUCCAGAUCAACUACUCCGACAACGCCGCCGAGUACCUGCGGCGGCCGAUCCAGGUCGAAUUGGUCGAGUACGGGAUCAGGCUCACGUUUAACCACCAAGUCUUAGAGCUUGUUGAAGUUUCGCUUGGCUCCGAGCCGCCACAGAAGCCGUUUAGGGUGGUAUACAAUGGGCUCACUUUGAAUGACGUGGACACCUACGACGCAGGCGAGUCGCCGCCGGCGCUGGUGCUGGCGCUGGCGCUGGCGCUGGACGCGAGCGAUACGCUAGCGCCGUCGCCGCCGCGGCGCCAGGCGCACCAGCGGGCAACGUUGAAGCAGAUUUACAAUAAGAUCUUUGGUCCCACUUAUCCGGGUGAUUUGACGAACAAGGGUCAAUCGUACGUGCUUCUGUACCCUGGUGUUGCUCUUCGUUUUUCUGUGGGUCUGAUGAUUCCGAAACUGGCACGUCAAAACAAGAUGGAUAGCCACCAGCUCCUCCAAUUGCUCCUUAACCACCAGCUGGACGUGGUGUGUGAAGGGCUCGCCGUGUUCUCGAAGAACGGGCGCUGGAACGCCCUUGAGAAGCUUGAGAACCGCGCCGCUCGUUGCGAUGUUGACUUAGACAGUGGUAAAGUGGUAGUGACGCGAGUGCUGGACACUCCCGUCACUAUUACCAUUGGCGAAACAACACAGCAGCAAGUGGUGGAGAUGUUGGGCCCACCGGACGACUACUUCAACAAGUACGACCUGAGAAUGCAGAUCCACGGCACGCCGGCGCCGCCAGGAACCACUCAUAAAUUCCACAAUUACUUCCGGUGGGGGCUAGACGUCCUCUACGAGAUCGGAGCAAUGAAAACGGCGCCCACCGUGCUCAAAAUCGUGCUCCACAACGGCGGCAUCACCGAGCUGUUGGCGUUUGGCCGCUGGAACGGGUGCGAGUGGCAGAUCAGCAGCCGCCACUUGGACGCGCCAUUAACCUCAGAGAUGCUCCACGACGACCUCCCCAAAGUGAUCCGCGACUCGCCUCCCGUGCUUUUAGACCGCACCGAGCUGGAGUUCGUCGACCGCGACGUCGAUAUCGUCGAGGUGGUGCCCACCUCAAGCGUGUUUGGCCACGACCUGGUCGACGACAAGAUCGGCACCUGGGGCCAGCUGAAGUUGUAUGGUUUCCACCGCAGCAUCGUCGAGGUGAUGAACGCCAACGGGUGCGUCCUGCUGGUGACAGUUUUUUGA